AUGUUUCAUAGAUCCGCUGGAAAUUAUUUGAAGGAAAAGGAUUUUAAAUUUGAUGUCGUUUUUACAUCUGUAUUAAAAAGAGCUAUUACAACAACAUGGCAUGUUUUGAAAUCUGGUGAUCUUUUACAUGUACCAGUCAUAAAAACAUGGAGAUUAAAUGAAAGACACUAUGGUUCAUUACAAGGUUUAAACAAAUCUGAAACUGCUAAAAAAUAUGGAGAAGAACAAGUUAAAAUAUGGAGAAGAUCUUAUGAUAUCCCCCCUCCAAAAUUGGAUAAAGAAGAUAAUAGAUGGCCAGGACAUAAUGCAGUAUAUAAAAAUGUACCUAAAGGAGUAUUACCAUUUACUGAAUGUUUAAAAGAUACAGUUGAAAGAGUUUUACCAUUUUGGUUUGAUACUAUUGCACCAGCUAUAUUAGCAAACAAAAAAGUCCUUGUAACUGCACAUGGAAAUAGUUUAAGAGGAUUAGUUAAACACUUAGAUAAUUUAAGUGAGGCUGAUGUAUUGGAACUUAAUAUUCCAACAGGAGUACCAUUAGUAUAUGAAUUAGACGAAAACUUAAAACCAAUUAAACACUACUAUUUAUUAGAUAGUGAAGAAUUAAAGAAGAAAAUGGAUGAAGUAGCUAACCAAGGAAAGGCAAAAUAA